GGCCCGGCGCCCGGGAGAUAGCCUAGUUCGGAAAUGACAGCCCCCUGUGAACAGACGAUGCAUUUGCCUCAAUUUUGUUAUGACCAAGAAACUGGUGAGCCUGUAUGUCAACCACUGAAGACUCUGGAAAAACUGCUGCAGUGGACUCCAAACAAGGACACUGAACAUGGGAAAGCUGUGGUACACCUUCAGACAUGCACACCAAAGCAGCCCAAUUCUCCAAGGACCACACUGUGUCAUGACAUGAAGGGUGGUUACCUGGAAGACAGGUUUGUCAAUGGUGUACAGCAGGCUGACCCCUACAGAUUCUACCACUGGCAGUAUAUAGAUAGCUUCAUCUACUUCAGUCACAGUUUCAUUACUAUUCCACCAUGUGGCUGGACCAAUGCAGCUCACAGACAUGGGGUGCAGAUGAUGGGAACAUUGAUCACAGAAUGGGAUGAUGGAUACAAAUUAUGCCACAAAUUUCUCGAGUCUUUGGACAUCUUAAACCAAGUGAUUGAUCAGAUGGUCAAGAUUGCCAAAUAUUAUAACUUUGAAGGUUGGCUUGUUAAUAUAGAGAAUAAGAUUGAGAAAGAACAAGUUCCUAAACUGAUUGAAUUCGUGAAGCGGCUUACUGAAAAGAUGCAUGCAGAGAUCCCAAAUUCUACUGUCCUCUGGUACGAUAGUGUCACAAUCCAUGGCAACCUUAAGUGGCAGGAUCAGCUCAAUGACUUGAACAAAGCGUACUUCGAUGUCUGUGAUGGUAUAUUCCUAAACUAUGGCUGGAAGGAUAAAGGCCUUGAAUCGUCGGCUAAAAUGGCAGUAGACGCUGGUCGUCCUGUCGAUGUCUACGUUGGUGUUGAUGUGUUUGGGAGGUCUGGAUUUAAAGGAGGAUAUGAUGUCAAAGAGGCCUUAGAUGCUGUCAACAAACAUAACAUGUCCAUAGCUCUCUUUGCUCAAGGCUGGGUCUAUGAAACACAGGGAGUGGAAAACUUCAUGGAGAAUGAAAAUAGGUUUUGGGAAAACAUCAGGAAUUGCUUCCAUGUUCAUGGUCCGACAUCACUGCCUCUGUCAACUUCAUUUUGCCAAGGAUUUGGAAGAAAAUAUUAUAUGGAAGGAAAGGUGGAGGAGGAGGCGGCCUGGCACAACUUGACGAAACAGGAACUGCAACCAACAUUCCUGAAUUCUCAAUUCAAAUCGCCUGCGUCAAGCUGUAAAGGAAACCAAUGCAUGAGACUAUGUAAUUCUGAUGCUUACAAGGGUGGCGGCUGCUUGGAGUUAACAGGAACGCCACAAGGAGAUGUUUUGUGUUACAGACUCUUCUCGGCUUUGAUUCAAAUACCUGGUCCUCUAAAAAUUGAAUAUGUUUAUAAGAUCACUGCUGGGAAAAGAGUCGAUUUGUUCAUGGAGAUGCAGAUUUUUGUAGAUGAUGCAGAGUCGCUAUUGAUUGUCCGGGGAUUGUCUGCUAGUGAAAAAGAUGGAGUCCAGGAGAAAGUGUCUUGUCAUGGUAAAGAGUAUGUGGCAGGAGAGAAGUGUGUUAAUGGCUGGUGUAAGAGAUCGGUCAUCAUCAAGGAGGAGUCAUUACUGGGUGCAGCCAUAGUUGGUCUCAAUUUUGGCUGUGUGUCAAAGACCGAGGAACCAUUUAAAAUACUCAUUGGAGAAUUACAGAUUGCUGAAGCCUAAGAAAGAAAAGAACAUGCAACACUUGUGAUAUCUUUGUCAGUUUGUGGUCAGGAAGGACAGGUGUUGAGCAGAGCUAUGUGGAACAGAAAGAGAGGCAAUUCAACCACAUAAAUAUAUGUUUAAAAUGUGAUUAUGACACAAUUUUAUGUGAACUGCUAACUGAGUAAUGUACUGGUGGUGGCUACCAUUCAUGUACAUGUAUAAAAAUGUACCAGUAUAUCAUAGUGCAUACAUGUAUUUACACCCAGAUUAUCAUAUACAGCUGUGUGAGAUGUAUUAAUCUUUUUCAAAUGAUAAUAAAA